CCUGUUUCUUUUUGUAUGCGUAUAUGUUUUGCCUUUGAACGUGCACACGUUUCUGCUGUUCUGUCUCUCUUUUUGCUCUACUGGGCCUUGUGCACUUCUCAAGCUACCAUUAUCCGUGCCUGCGUCCUCUUGGCUCUUGCCACCAGCGCUUUCGCUGGCUACACCGGCUACGGCCUGGGCCACGGCUACGGUCUCGGCUACGGUCUUGGUUACGGUCUCGGCUACACCGGCUAUGGUCACGGCUAUGGCCUCGGCUAUGCCGGCUACGCUGCUGCCCCAGUUGUCGCUGCUGCUCCAGCCGUGACCAAGGUCGCCACCACCUACCACGCCCCAGCCGUUGCCACCGUGGCUCACGCUCCAGUCGCCACCUACGCUGCCGCCCCAGUCGCCACCUACGCUGCUGCUCCAGCUGUUGCCACCUACGCCGCUGCCCCAGCCGUUGCCACCUACGCCGCUGCCCCAGCCGUGACUAAGGUUGCUACCACUUACCACGCCCCAGCUGUCGCCACCGUGGCUCACGCUCCAGUUGCCACCUACGCUGCUGCUCCGGCUGUCGCCACCUAUGCCGCUGCCCCAGCUGUCACCACUGUGGCCCACGCCCCAGCAGCCUACUACGGCUACGGUGUUGGAUCCCUCGGCUACGGUGCUGGCAGCUACGGUUACGGCCACGGUCUCCUCGGCUACGGCCUGAACUACGGCUAUGGCCUCGGCUCUCCCUACCACUACGGUGCCCUUCUCCGCAAGAGGAAGUAAACCUUCAAACUGUAACUUAUUUGAAGAUCAAGAAGAAAAGUUGCAGGCAUCAACUUCCAUCUGGAUGCAAUGAACUAAUAAAAGUUGUUUGCAC